AUGUCAGAUACCGAACAGCCUGUGGUGGAUCAGGAAACCCCUGAAAAGGGAAAGCAUCAACGCCAGCGCAAAACAGACACCAAGAAGAAGCCGGUAUCAAAGAAAAAAGAAAAGGCUCAGCAGAGAGAACACGAGCGACUCAAGGCAGCUACAGCGACAUUCAACAGAUUCUAUGAAAAUGAGUUUGGACCUGAGCGCUGGCCCGUAUUACUCGAGGCAAUGAAGAAACCUGUACGUCAUUGCAUGAUGAUGAACAAGUAUGCACAUCCCGAGGAUGUACUUGCAAAACUUACGCCCUUGAAAGAUGAUCUCAGAAGUCUUGAUUUCUUGUCAAUUCCCUGUUAUGCUUCUACCCUCCCACGAUUCCCUCAUCCAUCCAAGGAUCGUGCCAAUAUUACCGAUUGCUACAUUCUCGAUGCUGGAUCAGUGCUGGCCACCGAGGCAUUGGACAUUCAACCCCACGAUCGUGUACUUGAUCUGUGUGCUGCCCCGGGUGGAAAGUCACUCGCCAUUCUCCAACGCUUGUCUGAUUACGGAAACCUGACAGUAAAUGAGAUUUCACCCGAUCGUCGUCGCCGUCUUCGCCAAGUUAUGGAUAAUUAUGUGCCACCCAAGGUUGCCCAAGAACAUGUGAAUGUGUUGGGUAAAGAUGGAACCAGAUUUUACCAUGAUCCAGAACAGUAUGACAAGGUACUUCUUGACGCACCUUGUUCAUCCGAACGCCAUCUUUUACAUGACGAAAAAGAGUUUGAGCAGUGGACACCUAAACGUACCAUACAAAAUGCCAAACGACAAUUGUCAUUACUCAAAGCCGCCUCUUAUUCGGUCAAUGUGGGUGGAUAUGUUGUUUAUGGAACAUGCUCAAUCAGCUCUGCCGAGAAUGACAAGGUUGUUGAUCGUAUGGUGCGAAAAGGAAAGGUACCUAUGGAAGUAGUACAUAUGAGCUGGCCCAUGGGAGAAAAGACAGAGAAUGGCUGGAUCAUUUUGCCUGACAGAUCUGAUGGUUGGGGACCUCUUUAUUUCUCUCUUCUGAGAAGAACAGGUGUUUCUAAGGAAGGAGAAUGGAACGAUGAUGAAGAAGAGGAUGACGAAGAAGAGGAAGAGGAAGUAGAGGAGAAGAAGCCAAAGAAAAAAAGUUCAAAGAGUAAAAAAUAA